AUGGCCAAGGCGUAUCCAGAUACGCUCCUCACCUUGUCGGUGUACGCAUUCGUCCGCGGCCUGCCCGCUAUCGUGUUCGCCUCCGCCAUUGGCACGUACAUCGACCGGAAUGAACGCCUCCGUGUAGUGCGCACCUCCAUUGUCGGACAACGAGUCGCUGUUGCGAUAUCGUGUAUCGCCUUCAUCCUUCUCGUCCGAGGUGCAGCUCAGGACACACUGCAGUCGCCUGUACUGCUCACUCUCCUCGCCGCCCUGGCAUGUGUCGAAAAGGUCUGCGCCAUCAUCAACCGCGUGUCAGUGGAGAAGGACUGGGUGGUGGUGGUCGCCCAGUCGGACCCAGAGACCCUCAGAGCCCUCAACUCUCAGAUGCGCCGGAUCGACCUCCUUUGCAAACUCGUCGGCCCCACGACAAUCGCUCUCCUUGAUGGCAUCUCCACCGAGCUCGCUAUUGCCGUCAACUUUGGGAUGAACGUUGUUUCUGUGGGCGUAGAGUACUCUGCCAUCGCACGCGUCUACCGCGAUCACCCACGCCUCCAGGAACCAAAGCUCUGGCCCCAUGACACUCCUGCGUCGUCGACAGUCAACGUCCUUUAUCGCACCCGUAUUGCAAUGUCCAAGCUUGCAGCCGAUACGAGGCGAUACUGUUCGCAUGAGGCAUUCCUGCCAUCUUUCGCUGCCUCAGUGCUCUAUCUGAAUGUCCUCACGUUCGGUGGGCAGAUGGUCACAUACCUCUUGGCGAGCAAGUACACCUCGACCCACGUUGGGGUAGCCCGCACCUUUAGCGUGAUUCUUGAGGUCUCGUCAACGUGGAUUGCGCCGCUCCUAAUGUCGGUCAUCGGGCUCACACGCGCCGGCCUCUGGUCGAGCUGGUGGCAGCUCUCGAUGCUCGUUGGUGGGGUAUCGGUGUUCCUGGCCUUUGAGGACAGACCCAUUGCCUCCGCAAGUGGGCUCGUUGUGGGGACUAUCCUAAGCCGCAUGGGGCUGUGGUCGUUUGACCUCUGCUGUCAAACGAUCGUUCAAGAACAAGUCGAGGCCGAGUUCCGUGGUGUGUUCUCAUCCAUGGAGUCUGCAGUCCAGCAUGUCUUUGAGCUCCUGUCGUACACGUCCACGAUGAUCUUCUUCCGCCCGGAGGACUUCAAGUACCCAGCCAUGAUCUCGCUCUCGAUGGUCUUCGCCUCCAACUUUUGCUAUAGCGUCUACGUGCGCCGACGUCGGGGCCAUUUCUUCCAUCCAGAGAAACUUUGCGGGUGUGGCAGGCGAGGAGAAGCUCAUGGCACCUACAUAGCUCUGGCGAACCGCACCAGUGACCUGGAGGAGCAGGCUGUCCCUAAUGCGUAG